UUUGCUACGCAGAGGCCGGAAGUGUCAGAAGGGGGGUCUGGGUGUAGAAGAGUGUCGGUAGCGGCAGCGAGGGCAGCGAAGGGGUUACUGGAGUGCUGGGAUUCUUGCGGCUGUGCAGGGAUUUAACUGCCACCAUGUCGAGCAAAAGGGCAAAGACCAAGACCACCAAGAAGCGCCCCCAGCGCGCAACAUCCAAUGUGUUUGCCAUGUUUGACCAGUCACAGAUUCAGGAAUUCAAAGAAGCUUUCAACAUGAUUGAUCAGAACAGAGAUGGUUUCAUUGACAAGGAAGAUUUGCAUGAUAUGCUUGCUUCCUUGGGGAAAAAUCCAACUGAUGAGUAUCUGGAUGCCAUGAUGAAUGAGGCUCCAGGGCCCAUAAAUUUCACCAUGUUUCUCACCAUGUUUGGUGAGAAGUUAAAUGGCACAGAUCCGGAAGAUGUCAUCCGAAACGCUUUUGCUUGCUUUGAUGAAGAAGCAACUGGCACCAUCCAGGAAGACUACCUGAGGGAGCUGCUGACAACGAUGGGAGACCGGUUUACGGAUGAGGAGGUGGACGAGCUGUACAGAGAAGCGCCUAUCGACAAAAAGGGGAAUUUCAAUUACAUUGAGUUCACGUGCAUCCUUAAACAUGGAGCAAAAGACAAAGAUGACUGAAAAGAACUUCAAAUUCCAGCCAAAUGUUCCUUGUUGCCACUUUGGGUAUUUCUGAGAGGUUCUCUUAGAGUCUAUUGCAUGCCCUUAGCUUUGCAGCUUUUGCCUUUCUUGUUGUAUUUAUUCUCAGCCAUUUGGGGCACAUGCAUCUCUAUAUUCAGACUGGAAAUGGUACUUUUUGAUUUUCAGAAUAGAAAAUAGGGCAAUUUAACUUACCAGCCCCUCCCCCCCAAUAACUGCAGUCUACACAGAGUCAGUAUAUUUUUUCAGAGAAAGUUAUUCACUCAAUUUUUUCUGAACCGUAAUUAAACUUUAUGAUAAAAAACUU